GGGGGAGGAGCAGGCGGCGGUAGCAGCAGCAGCAGCCGCCGCUUCUCCGGCCGGAGCUGCCCCUGCGUAGGACAACAAGGGGAGCCCCGCAGGGCAGCUCGCGCCCGGCCGGCCUAGGGAGCGCCCGGCGGCUCCAUCCGGCGAGGGCCUGGGGCGCCCCCAGCCGCUACCAGCGCCGGGCACACCCCUCCCCCUCGGCACUCGCGGGGAGGCGGCUCCGCUCUCCACAACAGCGGCGCCCCGGGAGCUGAGCGCCGUCCCCGGGGAUCGCGGGGCCAGAGGCGGGGUUCGGGGCGUCCCCUGGCCGGGCGCCGCACCAUGCUGCCCCCGCUCUCCCCGCGCCCGUCCGCCUAAGGGCAGGGAGCCCGCGCCAGCUCCCCGUGCUGCCAUGCUGCCGGCGCUCCGCUAGGCGAGCCCGGCUCCCGCAGCGGCUCGGGACCUGACGGGCGGGGAUCGUUGCGCCUCAGCCCGGGCGGCGGCACCAUGAGGAACGGCGAGGAGCUGGAAGGCUUCGAUGGCGAAGCGUCCAGCACCUCCAUGAUCUCCGGGGCCAGCAGCCCCUACCAGCCCACCACCGAGCCCGUCGGCCAGCGCCACGGGCUGGGCGGCCUCCGCUGCGACCUGGACUAUCUGCGGGGCGCUCUCGGCAAGAUCAAGAUCACCGAAGUGGUUUUGGCACUGAUUGCAUUCAUCUGCAUAGAGACCAUCAUGGAAUGCUCCCCUUGCGAAGGCCUUUAUUUCUUUGAGUUUGUGAGCUGUAGUGCAUUUGUAGUUACUGGAGCUUUAUUGCUUAUGUUCAGUCUAAAUCUUCACACAAGAAUACCACAGAUCAACUGGAAUCUUACAGAUCUUGUCAACACUGGACUCAGCACUUUCUUCUUUUUCAUUGCAUCUGUAGUACUUGCUGCUUUGAACCAUAAAACUGGAGCAGAAAUUGCUGCUGUGAUAUUUGGUUUCUUGGCGAUGAUCGUGUAUGCUGUGAAUAUGUAUUUAGCUGUUAAAAAAUGGCGAAUGAACAGCAGACAGCAGAACAGCCGGCAGACAAGUGAUUACAUUCGUGCUCGGACAGAAUCAAGAGAAGUAGAUCACCACCCUGAGAUUCAGCGUUUGGAUGCGUGAAAACUACAGCUGUGUGGGACUGGAAAGAGGGGAUAGAAAACAGCAACUUUUUAUUUUGUUUCAUCAAGUGAAGUUUAUAUAGUUUGAAGUUUUCAUUUUUUAGGAAGAGUCUUGGCAGAGAUAAGCUGACCAUUUAUAUGUACAGAGAGAGAUGUUGAUCUACAUUUAUUCAGAAGCUAUUGGCUUGGAGGCUAUAAUUAUUGGCCAUUCAAAAGUACGAUCUAUACAAUGAUUACAUAUAUAUCUGAUGUAUGUUAAUAUUUUAGAUUAAACACCUGUAUAGUACUUCUUUCCAGGUACCAGCUCUAGAGAAACUUGCGCACUCUGCCACUAUUUCAUCACCCAGUAGGAAUGUUAUGAUCAACGCUAUAUCGUUCUGUUAAAAGAAAGAAAUAUUCCAAAACUUAAGUACAUUUUAUUGCAUAUGAAAAGAAAGUGAGGGACAAAUAGCAAUAACAUAAGCCAGCUUGAGCGUACGCCAACACUUUAUACACUUCCUCAUGCAGCUUUGCCAAUGCAAUUCACUUCGCACCUGCAAGACCUCCCACAGUUCCAUCUUGUAGCUGACACCGGCAAUCACGUCAGAUAUUUGGGCUGGUGGAUUGGUGAUAUGGACAGAUACUCUAUGGACAGAUACUCUAUGGACUAUCCUAAAACCACCAAACUCAUUUAAUGUAUGACCUCAACCAGAUUUUGAAUCGGGGCUCCUACAUGUGAAAGACUAACACUUUUUCACCUGCUGCACAGUCAACACAACCCAUCCAACACUAGUAUGUAGGUAUCUGCUCGUGUUUGAAUAUGUAUUACAUGAUUUUAAUUCAUGAAAUAUUUUUGGGGGUUUGUCAAGUAAUAGACUCUACAUCCCAAUCAAGGUUCAUUUUUUAUUUCGAGGUUCAGUCAUCUGGGAAUUUUAAGGAAAUCAGGAGCCACCAAAAAUGCAUGAUGUAUAUAUUGUAGGAUAUUCCAAGACUAUGACGUGUUUUGUGUAGUAUAAAUACAUUUUAUGGCAUAUUCUGGUUUUAGAUUGGUGGUUCUGUUAAAUUAAAAUUGGUUGGUAGUAGGUAAAAUAAUUUGGUUUAAUGCAUAAAUUGGGCAUAGCUAUAAAACAUUUUUAUAAUGUUCCUUUUGAAGCUAAUUUUAGGUAACGAGGACAUAUGAGUGGUUGAACCUAUUGUUUUUCUCUGUUUGCUUCUCAUGUUUACAGACCAUUUUCCUAGCUCAAAUUUUCUCACUUCCAUUGAACUUUCAGUGAAGAGAAGACUGUAUUCUCUGGUUAUUGAAUUCUGCAAAAAUAUGUCUAGAACCUUAGUCAUAAUUUUAUUAGGGAGACUUCACCAAUAUCUUGUAUGGUCUGUGAUUAAUGUGUGUGUCCCAUGUAAUAAUGGGUUGGCAUAUGGAUAAGUGUUUACAACAGCUUUCUCAUUUAUUGUAGAUGGGAACAAAACACCGCGGCACCCCCAGUGGAGUCAAAUAUAAACCUGAUGUACAUGAGUAAGAUCUUCAUGGAAGUCAGUGAAGUUGUAUACACUCACACCAGAUCUGAGUUUGUUCCACAGACUUUUAGCAUUGUAUUCAUGUGUAACUAUUCCCAGUAUGGGUUGAUGUUUACACCAAUACAUAGUUGGAAUCCUACGUAAAGACACUGUCAAGUCAAUUUUAAAUGCAAAAUGUAGAUUUUUUUUCCCAAACAGAGUUUUACCAGUCCUAAAGUUAAUAGAAAUGUUUACAUGAAACUUUUUUUUUGUAAUUCCAAAAGAAACAGGGAAAGCUCUAGAUUUGAACAUUCUGCACUGUUCACUUCUCAGGCAAUGCAAGCCUUGUGCUGAUGCAUGAAAACCAGAAAGUGAAAUUGUUUCUCUCUUGUCAUUCUCCAACUUGUUUGCUAUUUGCAAUCAUUCCACAUAAACUAGAUCUUUUUAAAAUUCUGUUUUAAUAAUUAAAUUAAACUAAUAGUUUAGUUUUAACCUGAUAGAGGUCUUUUUAUCAUAUUAUCAUAUUAAAUGUUAUAUUUUACAUUUCACUGAAAGUUGUAACUGAAGGGAGUGCUGAAUUUAGAGUUUAAUAGUUGAAGUUCUAAUGAUCCUCUAGAGUGGUUAAGAACAGAGCCAUUUUAUUAAUUAAUUCCAGUGAAAGCUAGCUUUAAUGGGGUGUCGCAUGAAAACUGACCUAUAACUCAGUAUGGUUAGCAGUGCUGAAUGGAGGUGUGCACUGUGCCCAUUGGAUAAGCUGUUUUUUCAGCAUGCUGUGCCAAGUAUUGGAGGGGUGAUAUAAUUGGGGUAGUUCAUAGAUGCUGCAGUUAAAAAAAAAAAAAUCCAUAAAUAAACCUUAAAAACUAAACGCAGUGAUCUUUAGGGUAAACUUGCAGCUUAGUUUAAAGGAAUAUACUGAAAUGUUAUCGAAACCCUCUAAAAAGGGAUUCAGAGGAUGCAUUAUCCAGCACUAUAUUAAUAUUUCAUGGGUGAGGUCUUCCGCUGAAGUCAAGUAAUAGAGGAAUCCAGUGUAACGAAGACUUUUCAGCAUAGCAAAAGUGUAUCCUGUUAGCUGAUCAGUAGAAGGAAUGAAAUGGUAUAUUAUACAAUCCCCUUGUGCUUUUCUAGUUAAUUUCUGACCCUAAGCAAUGUUCUGGUUACUUCAAGAUCUAGACAGAGAUCCAUUUACAAUUUUAUGUACUUUCUUGGUAUCUUUUAACGUUAUGUGCAUUUUACUGCAUGGGAAAGGAGGGAAAACUGCAUAAUGCUUUGUCAGAGUUAGAUCACAGAAGGUUUUUGUUAAAGUGCGUGCUUGGUCUGGCUAGUUAAUGUGAAUUACUUUUUUUUUUUUUUCAGUAAUCUGAUACAAUGGUCUCUAAUAUAGUAUAUUGUACAAUCAUAUAGCAAAUGUAUGAUAUGAUUACACAUGAGAUACAAUGGCUUUGAUGUGCUGAGUACAAAAUAUCAUUAUUUAUUAUUUACACCAUGAUUACAUGGUCAGCACAAUUAUAGAAGAAGAUAUAAAGUUUUUGAGAUGAGCUAGGACAGAAUAAAAAUUUUAAAAACCCAUUUCUGAACACAAAUCUUAAAUAACUGUAAACAAACCGAAAAAUAGAUGUAACUUCCGUAUAACUUUUGGAACCAAAGAUUAUUUUAGUGUUGAUAGAUACACUUCUUUUAAAAACUAAGUUAGAGAUUUGUUAGUCUAGGAAAACGUUAUUUAUGACUGUCAUGUAAGUUGAAGGGGAUGAAUUCAUUUGGCUUAUGAUAGAAAAUUAAAAUUCAUAUACUGAUAUCCUACAGUAUGUACACAGUGAUUUGUUUUUUCCAGACUGGAUUGUGUACUGUGGCAUAUAUUAAUGAAAUAUCAGCAUCUGGCCAACAAAUUAAAAAAACUAAUAACCAAAAUGCAGAUACUGAUCUUGGCCUCUAUGUAAAAAAUGGGGCAGAAAGUUUAACUUUUGUGAAACUUACACAGGAAACUCAUGUUAAAGUGCUUCCCCCUAUCAAAUUAUGGUUCUGCUUUACUACCGGUUAGUCUCACUUUGAACCGUGUGUUAAACAUAAAGGGACCACUUCCUUAGUCCACAAGAGAGCUACUUUGCUCCACAAAGGGAUCCACAACAUUGUAAAUAGAGCUCAAAUUAAAACCAGACCAUUAAACCAUUUCUCAACGAUGUGGAAAUGUGGUGCUUGAAAUUGUCUUAGGCAUCUGGGCAUUCUUUCCAAGGCAAAUCCUGUCCUCGGAUAUGCAAUUCCAAUGUAUUUCAGUGUGUAUGAGUAGCUGAGGGGAAAAUUUGCCACAUUUGUGCAUAAGUAGGGCCCUAACAAAUUUACGGUCUGUUCUGGUAAAUUUCAUAGCCGGAGGGUUUUAAAAUAGGUCAGUUUCACCUUUUCAGAUUUUAUGUCUGAAAUUUCACGGUGUGGUAACCAUUGAGGUUCUGACCCAAAAUGAGACUUGGGGGGUCGCAAAGCUGUUGUAGUGGGAUUGCUGCCCUCAUUUCCACGCUGCCGUCAGAGCUAGGCUCCCUGGAGCUUCCUGCAGCCAGGGGAGGUACCCAGAGGUGGGUCUGAUCUCUCCCUCCUCCCUCUCCAGAGCUGCCAUGCAAGGGAAGAGCAUGUCCUGUCCCUCCCCAGACCAGCUGGAAUUAGCAGCUAGGAGCGCCUGGCUGGGGUGGUCCCAGCAGCAAGGGGAGAUCAGACCCACCUCCACCUCCAGGAACCUUCUCUGGCUGCAGGAAGCUUGGUGGCUGCUGUUUGGGCUCUGAAGGCAGCGCAGCUACGGAUCUUUCUGCAGCCAGGGGAGGUACCCGGAGGUGGGUGUCUCUCCUCCCAAGAGCAGCUGUGCAGGGGAAGAGGAAGUUCUGUCCCUCCGCAGGCGCCCGGUGAAUGGUAAGAGCCCUCCCUGCUGGGGCACCCCAAGUCCUGCUCCUUUCUCUCCCCUCCAAUAGCUACAUUUCACUGGAAAGGUCUGAUGUCACGGUCCGUGACGGCUGUGAAUCUGGUAGGACUCUACCCAUAAGAGAACAUGAAUGAAAUAGACAACUAAUGGUAGCAGCUACACGUGCAGACUUCUGGUUUUGUUUGUUUCUUUUAAAUAGUUCUGUACACGGCUUUCUGUCAAUCCCAUAUUCAAUUUUGUCAGCCUGGCUACUUGUUCAACUUGUCACAUUCUCUGUAACUAUAGCAACAUGGAAACCACUUUCUGCCAUAGAAAUAAUUUCACACGAAACCUAGUAGGAACUGGGUGAAGAGGUGAAAAGAAUGGAAGACUUUCCCUUUUCCAGAGAGAGAGAGAGAGAGAGCUGUGAGAUCUCAUGACAGUGCUUCAGAGGACCCCAAGCUCUCUAGCACUUGAUGGUUCUGAAACAGUGGCCCUGGUCCCACAGUGUCUGUGCUGUCCAUCCAGUCCUUGUAACCUUUUGAAUACAAGUUAUAGCUUGGUUGGCUGUGGUAGCAAAGUUUAUUACUUUUUCCUUUCUUGGUGGUAGAUCGUCUGUUAGGCAAAGACGUGAAUGACAUCAGAAAAGAGCUUUAAAGAGCCUUAGUGUACCAUCAGGAUUGGCAGAUAAAGCUCUGCUUGAAAUUAACUUUCCAUUAACAAGGAAACUACUCUUCCUUUUAGGUUUCGUAUCAUAUCGCUUAGUUCCGUAGCCUAUCACUUAGAAUAGUCUGGACCUUUUUUGUUCUCUCCGCUUGUACCUGAUAGUUAAUUUUGGUGGGAAGUGGGGAGAGAUGGACAGCUGGCUAUCUCCAGUCUCUUCUAAAUCAGUGACUGUCUCAACUCUUCUUUCUGUGGACUGCUUCAUAAGAUAGAGAGCCUGGCAUGGUCCUGCCCUGUUACUGCAAGAUCCACUGGGUCUUACAAUACUCUCAUUCAUACUACUAGAUAGAGCUCUGUGAUCUGGACUACAGUUUGAGAGUUGCUGUUCUAGACAAUGGACCCAGGUAGUCCUGUGCAACUGGAUUGUAGAAUUAAUCACUAAAGUUUUCAAUUAAAUGUCCAGUUUGGCCUCCUUAAACAAGUGAAGAUCUUCCCUUAUGCUACUUACCCCAUCUGUUACAUUGGUUUGAGGCAUACAGGCAGAGUAAGUGGUGCUUAACUUACCCACAUCACAUCAUUUUGGCAAUACCAGUUUUCUUUUUCAACAGGGAAUCGUUUCCUGGUCUUAAAUCUCCCCACCUCUGUGCCUAGUGUCGUCUUUUCUGACUCUCUUUUUAAUAAACAUUCUUUCACCCUUUUCCUUACAGUGGUUCUGCAGAGCACCCGUCACAAAAAGCCGGAGGCACUCUGCAUUUCAAACACUAUUAAAAAUAGCAUCAACCGUCCUCUUCAGAUGUGAUAUAAAGACUGAAUAGCUUUCCAAGUCUAAAUAGCAUAAACAUGAUAAGCUCUUAACGCUGAAACCUCUGGAGCCAAAGGUUUUUGAUUGUUAUUUAGGACAAAUAAAUAGUCUGGUAGAAUCUGACCAUGAACCUAAGAAAAAUCUGUUAAUGCUUUUACAUAACUCUUUAUUUUCCAAGUGAUGUGUAAACAUUAAUAAUCCUCAAUGCCCUUGGGAAGGAGAAGGGAGGUGUUUUUUGCUUUUCACAGAAGAGGAGACAGAGAGACAGUGAAUCAAUGGUAGAAACAGGUUUGGAAAUCUGGAUUUUUUUUUUGUUGUUGUUGUUCCCAGCCUCUAGGUCACAUCCCAUCCCUAAUCAAGAAAUAAGAUACUAAAUCAGAGAGAUUCUGUGCUUGUGAACAGUAUACUUUAAAAUCUGUGUCAGAGCUAUGCUGUUAUAUCAGCCAGUGUGGUUAUCGAACAACCCAAUUAAAAGUCAGUAGUUGGUCAAAGGAGUCACUACAGAAUGCAAGUCCUACUUUCACCAGAAGGGUAAAUGUGCCCAGUCUGAGGCACCGAUCCUGCAAAGUUGUACACACUGAGUAGUCCCGCUGAAAUCAAAGCUAUUUACAUUGUGUAAAAUUGAGCAAGUGUGUAGGUCUCUGCAAGAUCAGGAUACUUAGUCCCUAGCUAUGAGCCCCAUUCAUAAUGUGGUGGACUGUUGGGAUGGCCUUGGAGUCAACUAAGGAUCAGACAAAUUAUGCAGAGAUAGAAGGUUGUUUUUUAACAAUUGUGUUUAAACUUAUUUUAGGCCUCAUGGUCAUAAAAAUACCAUUUUGAAAGGAAACUGAAAUAUGUACAAAAAUAGCAGAAUGCUGUAAUGUUUGUCAAGUAAGGAUCUGGAAAGAAAUUAUAUUUGAAAACUGCUAAUAAAAGUGGUAGAGAGUUCUUCCUUUUAGUAGGGCAAGUUACCAAGACUCAGAAGCAGGAUUAAGUUAAAUCGCUCUUUACAAACUAUUUCUCCUUAUUCAAGAAUUCGCUGGAUACUUCAUUAGAAUUUUUCUUGUUAGCACUGUCUUUACUAUCGCCAUAGUGUCCAUCAUCCAUUCACAGGAGCAGAGAGGUUUCAAAUUGGCUGGGAGAGUAGGAGGAUAUAGUCUGGCCCUAAAGUUUAUUUUUUGUGAAAGUUAAAAGAAAAAGAUCUCUGACCCUCAUGUACCCAUUGAUGUUGGUGAAAUACACUUUUAAAAGAGAAUCUACUCAGGCUGUGAUUUAUAAUAUUCUUUGAUUUAGAGUAGAUGACACAGGUCAGUUUUGUUUAGGGACAUGCAGGCUUCAAAAGUGUUCUUACUUAUGCCUCUAAGUGAAAGUCACCCAUUUCUUUCCAAAAAUGUGAUGAAGUACAUCUUGCGCUGGCAUCCACUAUAGUUACCGAUUCACAAUCCCACCGCACUCAUUCAGCUCUGCUGGAUGAAUGACCUAGUGAAAAUUUUGUUUCUUAGUAGCUAUGAGCUAAUAAAUAUUUGUUGUAUAACUAGUCACAGGUGUUCCUCUUUAAAUUAUACUUGGCAAAGAAAAUAUUUAAUUUUGUUUUUUAUAUACAAUAUACCUAGUUACCUUGAUUGACAUAUUUAUAACAUAGAGCUUUGAACUUACUAUGAAGGUUUUCAGUCCCAUGGAUUUCAUGAGCUAAGUAAAAGCUAAUUAACAUAUAGUGAAGGAUAUGGAAAUUGUCAUAAAUUCAUAAUGAAGACUUAAAAACAUUUGAAAAAGCAGUGUCCAGUUCUUGUAAACAGGUUUUUGGGGUUUUGUUGGGGCUGGUCCCUACAACUAUAUUAAUAACCUCUGGAUGUGAAAUACUGAGGGAACAGGAUGAAAUAUAAACAUCUGCUUCUUUUGACUUGCAAGGACCUGAUGAGUAUCCAGAACAUAGUAAAUUUCAGGGUGUUGUUUUUUAGACAAAUGUCUUAAUAGACAUAUUUAGUUGAAAGCUUCACAUUUGAAAGGAAAUAUCUAUAACUAGUUUGACUUAGUACUUUUAGUAAUCUUUUAAUCCCAAAAGUAAAAUAGUCUAGCAGUGCUAUGGUGUUCCUGAAGUCUAUAGGUUUAAAGUGGUUCAGGCUAGCAGCCUUGUAUUUUGAAGAUUUGCUACCUUCAAUUUUCUACUUUUUAUACUUUAGAUCUUGAAUGUUUUACUGGUUCCUAGCAAUUGGAUAUUGUGGAGGGAUAGUGCAUCUUAUCACUACCAUUCAUGCAGCUUUAAAUCACAUUGCAGACCUAUAGUGAGAAUAGUACUUUUUAUUUGUAUUGUGAUCAAUUUAAUGCAUUUUAAAAUAAUUCCUAUAUUUAAAAUACAACACUUAGGACAUCCUGGAAUGAAUGAUUUAGCUACUUGAAAGGUGUUCUGUUGGCCAGGUUUCUCCUCUUCUACAUUAGUGUCCAUUGAAACUGUUUGUAUAUGUUGAAGUUUGUAAGGGUUCAGGAACCCAGAAUAAAAUAGUAAAGUAUGUAUUUAUUACUCACUUUAUUGCUCAGUUUUGAUUUGAAAAGUUGACAUUUGUUAUGCUUUUUCACAUGGUUGUAAACAAAUAUUGGACAAACUACUUCACCUAGGGUGCCUUCCAUGUUUGGUAUAAGUACUUUGUCAGUCAUAAAGACAGAAAUGUAAUGUAUUAAACCAGUAAACACUAUUUUUGUAACAUGGCUUACUAACACAUUUCCAGCUUUGUGUUUUAUUUUCACUAACACUAGCCUUAAUGGUAACAGCAGCCAUUUUUUCCCUUUGUACACUAAUAGUAAAGUUCUGAGUUCAAGGUGGAACAGGAAAGUUGUACCUAUUUUGCUCUGCUCAAAACUGUAACCUGAACGGUGAAAAACAACUCAGACUAAUGGAGAAACAUACUUGAAAAUACUCCCCCCCCCCCCCCCCCCCUUAAUACACGCCUGAAGAGAUCCCUAUUUGUGGGAUGCAUAUGCAACUGGGGCUGAUCCAACAUUCCUGCAUCUAGACCACUACUUAAGACAGAAUAUAAAUUUUAAAAAGAAAUCUCUUGUCUUGUCUGAAAGACUUUAAAUGACAGGGAAUCUAUUCCUAUGCUACCAUAGUUGUAAAUGUGAACAGCAAGAGGUUCAGAAAUGCCAUCUAGAAUAAAAUCUUUAUUUUUUUUAAUUUUCAAAUCUGUGUGUAAGUUAAAUCAGAGUUAGAAUUAUGUGUCUUUGAACUUUCAGACUGCUGGGCUGGGCAAAGUUGGUCCACUUUUCCUUUUAAUAUUAGCACAACUCCCCUGUGUGAUACCCUUGUGUGUUUCCCCUUUGGGAUAAGGAAAUUGUAAUUUUCUGCCAAGGAAAAUACUUUAAGCAUUUUCGUAUGUGCCACUGCAGAUUCAGGGCCUGAUUCUGCAGCCCUUACUCAGGCAAAACUCCCCAUUGACUUCAGGACCAUAGGCUCGGGCCCCAUGUGAUUAUCUCGCCUUCAGGUAUAAAAGCAUGUUCUGACAAAUGAAUUUUUAGUUUUAAGAAAAUUGAAUUCAAGCAAAAUGUUAUGUAUAAAGAUCAUUUACAAUCUGAUACAAUUUAACUGUAUUUUUGGUUGAUGUUCUUAGAUCUAUUUUAGAUCAGCAAAAAAACACAAGUAAGAUGGUCAACAAAUAAUAUUGAAAGUUUCUAGCACAGGUACUUACCCUCUAAUCCAAACUGGUGUCACCUUCUUCACAGUAUCAGUAACUAAUUUAACUUGAUACAGUAAGUUUAGUAGCUGUCAGGCUUUUUAUGCAAAGAAAUUCUAUUGAUGCUCUGGACAACUUUAAAGGCAAGAAAAUCCUACAAGAACAAACGCUUCCUAAACUUGUUUUAUAGAGACAACUGAUAUUCUUUUAUAUGUUAUGCACUUCUUUUCUUUUUUAAUUAAUGUUCUAGUAUAAACAAAAGUUGAAGGAUUGUAAUAAAUUUACUAAUGUGAUAUAGAAGGCAAUCUCUAACUUGCUGUUUGAUCUUGUCUAUAUGUUUUUAAAACACAUGCCUUUAUAACACAACUUAAAUGGUGUAUUUUAUCAGUUUUAAAUGUCAUUUUGCUUAUUCAGUGUUUUGUAUAUGGGCACAAUAAUUUUUUUUUUAAUUUUCCAAUUUAAAAUGUAGUAUUUGUGCUGCCUUUUGAGUUUGCUGUUGUCUCUUUGCUAGCUUUUUUCCUUUGUUCUUUUGAUAUAUCAAGAUAAUGUUCUAAAAAUUUUCAUGGUACUCUUCUGAUUAUGUCUUCAUAGUGGUAAAAUCUGUAUUUUUGUAUGUAGGGAAAAUAGUUUUCUGAACACUAAUUUCUGAUCAGUAUAGUACGGAAUCAUUUGUGAAGGAUUUCUUGUUUAAUAAAUGGACAUGUUAAAGUGUUUAAAACAUUUUGUCGUUAUCUGUAAAUGUAAUGUAUAAAUUCAGUACUCGGUAUCAUGGCUGGUUAUUUAUCAUCUUUGCUGAUGAUUAUCUGAAAUUGCCAUCCACUACUACAGCAGGUGUAAACUGGUUUAUUAAUUUGAUGCGUAAAGAAAAUUGUUGUGAUUGAAUUGGUGAGGAUGAUAAGCACCAGGAAAGAGAUUCUUUGUGGAUAAGAGAGUUGUUAAAAAAAAAAAACACGUAAGUAGUCCCUGAUAAAUUCCAUGUAGCAGAAAGCUCAAACAGCCUCGUUGCCACGGUGUAUGUUUGUGGCAGGAUCUCUUUUGAGGGAUUUUUUUGUCCUCUACAAUGAAAUGCUAUUACUUACUGUGGUUUGCAGUGUUGUACUCUGAAUUGUAAAUAAGCCUGAGACUGAAAUCUUAAAGGAAAUGGAUAACUUUCUGCCACCUCAGAGUGUAAGUGGCAUGAGAUAUUAUCCUGGGAAGUGGGAAGAUGAAUUUCUUUAUUGCUUAGAUACUUCAGGCAUGAUAUGAAGGCAUUGAAUCUCUGAAAGCAAGAAGCUAGUGGUAGGACACCUCUUGGGGGAUCUGCUCAUUGAAUGAAUGUUGUGAAAAACUCUGAGACGCUUAGGGGGCACCUUAAAGCAAUCCCUCACAGGUACCUUAUAGAGUGACAGGUGGUUGGGAGCUCUUUUUUAAGCCCUUUAUCCACCACAACCUGCUAAGCUGGAUGAAUCUCUUGGGGAGGGACUCACUGAAGAGUGUUAAGCACUGGUGUGAUGUGCUUUUUUCCAAAAUAUACCACUUAAAAUAUGGCCUGCUAUAAGAUAGACCAGUUGCAAUUUCUGUCUGGGCUUCACAGGUAACGGGAGCUAGAGAUGUGAUAGCUGGGCAAGGAUGAGGUCAGCAAUGGGUUUUUGUUUGUAUUGCUGUAGCAUGUAGGAGCCUCAGGCACAGAUCACGAUCCAUCGUGCUAGAUGCGGUACAAAAAGAACAAAGAGAUUUAAUGCUGGGCAAUGGGCAGGUUGCUGCUGGUAUUGUAACCUGCAGGGUGUGGUGAUAACCACAAGAGGUCUUGCCUGGCUGUUGUGUAGAAAAAGUGCCAUUUAUAUUCUUAAUUUAAAUUCUUCUAACCAUCCCCCUUCGCCCCGGGGAAAAGUUGACUUCUGGUUUAGUAAAACAGAUUAACAGAAUACCUGACUCAUUUGAUUUUCAUUUUUGGAUGCUGUCAAACUGCACAAUCAGUCCCCUGCUCAAAGGAAACAUCUUUUCAUUUGUCAUGUUUUUAAAAAUAUGUUUGCAUUGGUGUAAAGGAACACCUUGAAAAAUAAAAACCCUUAUUAAACUUG